AUGAAGUGUUUCUUUAGAAAUCUUCUGAUCACAAACAAUUUACACACUUGCACUGUAUUAUUUCGAGAAGUGCCACGAAAUUUGAAAGGGAAGAAGCAUAGCUCGCAGUUAUGGCUGACGAGACAGUUGCAAGAUCCUUAUGUAGAGAAGGCUAAACAGGAAAAUUAUAGAUGUAGAAGUGCGUACAAAUUGUUAGAGAUCAACGAAAGGUUUAAAAUAUUGCAACCAGGGCAUAUUGUAAUCGAUUGCGGCGCUGCUCCUGGUAGCUGGACACAGGUUGCUAUUAAAGCGACGAAUGCAAAUGCUGUGGAAAAGGGUGAUGUUGGGAUUGUCAUCGGGAUAGACAAGCAGCCUUUGUAUCCAAUUGAAAAUGCAACAUUAUUGAGUGGCAUGGACUUCACUGCUGCAAAAUCUCAGAAUGAACUUUUAAAAAUUCUAAAUGGUAAGAAAGCUGAUGUAAUUUUGUCAGAUAUGGCGCCGAAUGCAACUGGCGUGAGAGAUUUGGAUCAUGAAAACAUAAUACAACUUGCAUACAGUGCUUUGAAAUUUGCCUUGCAAAUUACUAAAGGAAACGGAGUGUUCGUUUGUAAGUUAUGGGACGGUGGAAAGUCUCAACAAUUUGAGAAAGACUUGACAAGAUUUUACAAAUACGUAAAAUGCAUAAGGCCGGAAGCAACGAGAGAUGAAUCUACAGAGAAGUUUCUCGUGGCUCGAGGAUUCAAAGGGAUAAAAAGUACAUCCAGUAGUACAACGUAACAUGCAGUUUCUUUAACAAUUAAGUUAUGUACAAUAAAAAAUGCUUAAUGAGUAAAAUGAUGUGUAACGUAAUCGCUCAUCAUGCCUGGACAGGUUGUAAAUAAUAACAAAGCAUGAUAUUUUGUGGUACAGGACCAACAUCGAGUGAUUUUUAUAAGCUGUUCCGUUCUGCGAUCUAACAGCUCCUACACGACACGACACGACAAUGUGUAAUAUACAUCGAUUAUAUUUAGUUAUAAAUAAUACAAUAAUAUUUUUAUACAGUUACAAUUAA